UCUUCCCGUCCAUUAGCCUCCGAUACCCACAUCCAGCGAUACCCAGCUGCACUCGAUGUUUUCCUCAUGAAAACCGCUCUCCACUGACUCGUCAACUCAACUGAAUGCACAGUUUCAUCAUAUUGAUCAGAUGCAGGGCUCUGGCCCCGUCUCCAGCAGCUGAAGCACACCAGUCCUGUUCUCUCUGCUCCGCGUCCACUAUCUUCCUCCUCACUGAAUCAUGAGCAGCCAGAAGGAUCUUGAUAUGGUGCACCUCCGCCUUAUCCUGGUCAGUGGGAAGACACAAGACUUCACUUUCUCCCCAAAUGACUCGGCUACAGACAUCGCCAAGCAUGUAUUUGAUAACUGGCCUGCAGGAUGGGAGGAGGAGCAGGUGAGCAGCCCCAGCAUACUGCGCCUCAUCUUCCAGGGACGCUUCCUUCAUGGCAAUGUUACCCUGGGAGCUUUAAAGCUGCCGCAGGGGCGAACCACUGUCAUGCACUUGGUUGCCAGAGAGACUCUUCCAGAGCCCAACUCUCACGGUCAAAGGAACAGAGAAAAAACCACAGAGAGCAACUGCUGUCUCCUCUUGUAAAGUAACAGACAACCCCUUCCCCACCUUCACACUCACACACAUGCACACACACACAUACACAUACAUAAACACACACACCUGCAUACACGCUGUCCUCUCUCCUGCCUGUCGUCCUGUCAGCGGAUUUGGAAUUAAUCACAGAAGGUCAGGUUGGGGCCGUCACCUGCUUUGAUUGAACUCUUGUCCAAUCCGAGGCUUUUUUUGUGCCAAUAUAUUUCCCUCCCAACCUUUUACUGUAUCAGCAGAAAUUGUUUGAAGAUCAUUACAUGAAACAAUACCGUCGCUCCCUCGCGGACCUGUUCGCUGCUGGACACGUUUUAAAGGCUCCUCAUGCGUAGCUAAAAAGACCCAGGUGCUUUUUUUUUUGUCAUUCAUGGACACAGUCCUACCGAGGAUAUGUGGGCUUUAACCCUUCCCUAGUAGUCACAUGGAUGUUCUCCCCAGGUCUUACUGAAUGGUGUUAACCCUUUCAUUGCACUUAACCAGUAAAAGCAAGUGUUUAUUGUGUUUCAUCUUCUCUUCUUCCUCCAUGGAUUUUUUAUUUUCGGUCAGAGGAACAGACCUCAAUUCCCCAUGUGGUAGAAAACGUGCCAUCCUCCUCCGCAUAGACUGUUUCUCCCUCUCAGUAACUGAACCGUUAUGUAACCGGUCUGUAUCAGCACCCAUGGCGUCUGCGCCGUUACCUACACCUGUUCGUUCCUGGCAGUGGACCAAUAGCGAAAAGACUUUUAUUAGGAAGGGCUGCGUGAACACAUGAGGGACGUGAAGGUCCACGAGAAGCAGGAACAGAAUCCCAGCGAGGCGUGUGAAGAUGGAGUCAGAGGAUUCGGUGGAUUGCUCGAGUGCCAUCAGGUGCCGUGUAUGUUCCUCUGGCUGUGACUUUAUUGAUUAGACUGUCGACGCUCCCAUGGUUGCAAGGGGAGCCGACACGGCGGGCCAGUUAAACGCAGACAGAAGAAGCGGUUGAAGAUGAGAGGGAGGUGCGUCGUCGGUGUGAGACCUCCCUCUACUGGACACUGAGGCGAGGCAGGGGGGGGAGCUUCUCCCGCUCGGAUGAAGGGUUUAAAAAAAAAAAAAAAAAAUUUGGCGGUGUUUCACCUCCUGUUCAUUUGGAUGCUGUCUUUACUUCUUGUUUGCCUUUUAUCGUGGAAUUCAGUAAUAUCAUUAAUAUUGAAAUUUAAAUAUAUCAAUUUUUAUCUUGUGUAUAGGUAUUUGUUCGAUUUUAGUGUGGGUGCGUUCGUGUGUGUGAGUGUGUCUGAGGUUGUGUGAUGCACAUGGCAUACUGUGUGAGAACUAGUGAGGGCAUGUGGUCUUAAAAAAAGGUGGUGCACUGGGAGUGUUGAUGGGCUGCGGUUUCUUCAGAAACAGUCGGAAACCUUUUGAUUCCUUCCAUUGAGUGUCUUUUGGUUUGUGUUUUUGUCAAUCAAUGUCACUGCUAUGAAGUUUAGCUCAGUAUGAAUAAAUGUAAAAACUAAAAUGCAAUGUGGUCUACAUAAAGCUUGUAUUAUAAAUUAAUAAAUCUUUAAAUAAGGCAA